AUGGAUUGCUACGGAACAACACUACUCGCAUUAGGUUUGCGUCGGCUGUUCGUGCCGCCCCGCUGGUACGAGCGCCGACCGAGUGUCAGGUUGGUUACAUCCGUCUUCACUCUUUUUUUGGGGCCUUUCACCUUCUUCAAUGCCCAGAAGACCAAAUAUCUCCAAAUUCUCACCUCACUCAUGCGCUGGAUUGCGUUCACCAUGAUGAUCAUCUUGGCUCUAAUCCGCAUCGGGAAAGACUCAGGGAAGGGCCGCCCAGCGGUCGCCUCCUUCUCUGGGGUGCCCAACCUGUUUGGGGUGUGCGUCUACUCCUUCAUGUGUCAACACUCCCUGCCCUCCCUGGUGACGCCCAUCUCCGACAAGAAGCGUGUGGGCACCCUGGUGUUGGUGGACUACACCCUGAUCCUGGUCUUCUACGUCCUGCUCUCGUUCACCGCCAUCUUCUGCUUCGACAGCACGCUGCUGCACGACAUGUACACCCUGAACUUCACAGACAACUGCGACGUGUUGAAUAUUCCAAUCCUGCGCUACUUCCUGGGCCUGUUUCCAGUUUUCACCAUCAGCACCAACUUCCCCAUCAUUGCCGUGACUCUGCGCAACAACUGGAAAACCCUGUUCUUUCGGGACGGAGGCACCUACCCUUGGGUGGUAGACCGGAUCGUGUUUCCCCUCAUUACCCUGGUUCCCCCAAUCAUUGUGGCGUUUUUCACAAACAACUUGGAGUCUCUGGUGGGAAUUACAGGAGCCUAUGCUGGCACAGGCAUUCAGUACAUAGUCCCAGCCUGCCUCGUGUAUUACUCUCGACGCCAUCUGGAGCCCACGGUGGGCCGGGAUGCCAUCAACAAGCACCGCUCUCCCUUCCGCCACACCUUUUGGGUCGGGUUCGUUUUAGUGUGGGCUGUCUCCUGCCUCAUGUUUGUCACAGCCAACAUCAUCCUGACUGACACCAAGAAAUAAAAACUCACUGUUCCAAGAACUUUCUGAAGAAAUUAUGUUUGGCUAGUCUGUUUGUACACAAGGCCUUACUUGCUGCUGGUUGGACAGGAUGCCUUUUUGGUUGACUUUUGUUGAAUAUAUUAAAUAGUUCGUAAUAUAAUCAAGUUUGUGAAAAGGGACCAAGCGUUUCUGUUCCAUACCAAUUGCUGGAACAGUGCUUCACAACAAGGAAAGGUAUCUUUAAAUGUUCAUUUAUUCAAAGGACUUUUUUUGGCAACAAACACAUGAUAGUUGGAGAUUUCCACGAAGAUUUGCACAUUAAGAGAAAUAUAUCUUAAGAGUUUGAAAGAACUAGGUUAUAUAACUUGUUUUCAACGUUGGAAAAGUUCACGGUAUUGUCUGUAAGACACUAUUUGAUGACAAGACAAACGCGUUGUCUUGUCAGACUGGCACCUUAAGAAACUUGUGGUUUGUCCAUCCUCUAAUUCUUUAUUUCAGUAUGCCUCAUUCAGAUCCUAAUAUUUUGAAAAAGGUAGGUUGUUAAGAUCCUGAGGGUUCCUCUGGACCUUUAGGUCGAAAUGUUACAUUGUUCCCAAGCAAUUGAAAAAGAAUAAUAACUACAAGAAAAGAGCUUGUCUGAUCAGACUUGUGUUUUGUUUGCUAAACUGUUUGGAUGACGUUUAUCCAUUCAUCAGCGGUGGCUGCCCCCCGAUCUCCUCGUCCCCUCGUGAACAAUGAAGCUCAGUCAGUGACAGAUCCACUGACUGAUAGGCCUCCAGGAAGAACUCCAUCUCUGUUUAUCAGCAGCCUCUCGUGUAUGAAGUUCACACACAGGGCAUGUCUCCCGUCUUUUACUGCUCAGCACCCAUUCACAACUCUGUCAGCAUCACAGUGGAUAUAUCACACUGCCCAACACCUGUCAGGAUAAUAGUGAUGUACAGCGCUUAAGCUGUGGCCACAGGGAAGGCAUCGGUAGCCAACAAGUGAGGAGUGGUGAGCCAAAUGUGACGAAAGAGCUUUAAACACUACCCACUAUACUGUAGAUUAGAAAUGCUGAGUUCACUGACACCUGGCAGCUUCAUAUCCGAGUUGUGCCUUUGUUAAUAGACUUUAUCUUUGGCCUUCAUCUUCGACUUGAUCUCAUUUUCUCAAAUGUUUAUAAUUCUUUAUCAUCGGUGUCAUACUUCUAAAAGGGUUUGUUUAGUCAUAUUAUUUAAUUGGACGUCUAGCUAAAUUUGGCAGUGCACAUUAUUUGAGAUGAACAAGAUUGAAAUGGGGGUAAAUGGACACUUAUAGCAUUGAAAAUGUGUUUCUUUUAUAAAUUAGCAAAAACAGCAACAGCAACAGCAAUUGUAUGUCUUGAAACCUGUCAGGCCUAUUGUUAUUGUAUUGGUACAUGUCCAUAGUAGAAGUGUAACACGGUCAGGUGUUGAAAAAUGUGACCACAACUUAACCAAGUGUUUUAACUUCUCACUUGUGUUGCUCACACAAGAGCAAUAACAUGAUAUACAACUGAAAAGAUGUUGUCUGAUGGCUCAACAUCUUUUCCUUAAAUUGAAAUGGCUACUUGGUUAAAUGGUGCCACCAUCUACACAGCGACACAUCCAGGGCACAAACAGCUUCUUCCUGUAGAUGUAUCCUCUUAAAGCAUCGAUAAUCAUAACAUAUUUCCCAUCAAUAUGCACCCAUACUUUUUCAUUCAGUGUACUCGAACUUCCCAAAACCAAGAAAAAUAGAUGACUACAUAGAUUAAGUGAACAUCUCAAAGGUUGGUGGACUCAUAUGGACACAUUUGAAAAAUGGUUGAAAUUGUAGCAGCUGAGACUGAGAUGUGACAUUUCUACUUUGGGUCAAUCUAUACAAAUAGAGAAUACUACAUAAUGCAGUACCCUUUUCCUGUAUAUGUAUCCUCUUAAAGCAUUGAUAAUCAUAACAAAAAACAUAUAUCCCGUCAAUAUGCAAGCGUAUUUUCUCAUUCAGAUUACUCUUACUUCCUUAAUCCAACAAUAAGAGAUGACUCCAUAGAUUUAGUGAACAUUUCAAGUUAUAUGGACACAAUUUAACAAUAACAUUGACAAUUGUGGCAGCCGAAGCUCAAAUAUACAUAUGUGUAAUCCAUAUUGUUGGUCUAUAAAAAAUUAUAAAUGUCCCAUAAUGCAGUCCUCUUUACCUUGUGUUAAAUAUGAUCACCACGCUCUGCUUGGAAAACAUUGUGCACAUUAUGUCCCGUAAAUGGCUUAACUGAUGCUGUUAGAUCUUAAGGUCAUAACUUCACACACAUUUGUUUUAAAUACUUAUACAAUUUUGCUCCGCGUAAAUGCCAUCCAAGCAUUAGGGGUGAGUUGUGGAGCAUUUAGCGCGUUGGUUCUGCUUUUUCAUCAACUGCCGUAAUGCAGUGUACGGUAAAUUGAAAGGUAAUGUGCUGUGACCUGCGUGGCACCAAAGGUUUUUACUCAUGCAAUGUUGCAGGUCUUAGAGGUGCUAUAGGUUUACUGUCACCUUCUAAGUGUGUACCAAAUACCACAGCUUUGAGAUCAUCAGUUAUCACGAAACGCAAAGCUUCUGUGUCCAUACACGUCUGCUUUUGUCUAAUCUCUGUGGAAUCUGUAUCAUCCGCUGCAUCCAAAAAAAUAUAUAUCAUUCAUGUUUGUGUUUACUUCUUUGCUCUCUUCUUUUUGUACUCUCCCUUCAGUCUGGAGACAUGUAUGUGGGAUUGUGUUUGUGGCAUUCUGUAUGUGGGAUUGUGUGUAUGUGGGAUUGUGUGUGUGGCAUUGUGUAUGUGGGAUUUUGAGCGUUUGACCAAUGGAAGAUGAGAUUCUGAUGACUCUUGUUUGGAGUUGUGAAAUGUGCCUUUUUCACGGGGUUUACUUUCUUGCCCUCAAUUUAUCGACUCUGCUUUUUAUUCUCAGCUUGUCAGAAAAACAUCUGCAUGUAUGCCAUUUCAUCUUAUUGACAAUCAGUGAGCCCAAAAAAUAUUCGUAAUCCUUUUUAUCUUUUUUUUAUUUUUGUGUUUUAUCUCAGUUCUUGUAUCCUUGUUGUUGUAUUGAUGCCUUUUAAUUUACUUAAAUUUCUCAUUUUUUCCUCAUGUUUUUGGUAUUUGUUUACAAUAAUUUGGCCAGCCUGUGAUUCUAUCCUUUAUUUGAAUGUUUACUGGCUUAAUUGAUGCUAGGUUUGAUUAUUAUGAUUCACUCGGUUAAUUAAAGGGAGCUUGGGUUUUCUUACAUUCAGUGUUGUUUUUCAGUUUUUGCCCACAUGUCAAUCAUAUAAUAAACUCAAAGGCUUUUUUCUAGAGAAUUUG